GGUCCAUUUAUAUCCGUUUGCUUUCUCGUGAUCAUCAUCUUCCUCUAUUUAAAUGCGCGCCAUUUGUAUCCUCUGACGCAUUCCCAAUUCCCUUUGAUUUCUUUCUGAAAUCAACCCCCCUGCUUUUCCCCGUUCAGAUCAAACAAUCGGGUCCGAAUCGCCUGGACAGAAGAUACCGGGCAUAUUGUGCAAUUCGGACCAGCCGUUCUGAAUCUGAGGAGAGGAUUGAAGUCCGGUUUCUUCUUCUCCGGCCGGGAAAAGUUAGCACCGGCGGGGGGGAAGAUGGGGAGUCGGAGAGGAGGCGAGGCGGUGGAGCAUAACGGCGUGGAGGAGGAUGCGGAGUAUACGGUGUCGGACCUGAGAGAUAGGAUGGAAUCCACCGGCCGGAGCCGGUUCAAGCUGAUGGAGAACGAGUUAGGACUCGAGUUGACUCGGCCAAAAUUUAGCAGGCAGUCCGUCAUCGAUGGCCUCAACGGCCUAUCGCGAGGUCUCGUUUUUCAUCCGGAUAACUGGUGGUACCGUGCAUGGGAAAAGUUCAUCUUGGCAUGGGCAAUUUACUCAUCUUUUUUUACACCAUUUGAGUUCGGGUUUUUUAGAGGAUUGCCCAAAAAGCUCUUCUUCUUGGACAUCUGCGGUCAAAUAGCUUUUCUUAUCGACAUUGUCCUACAGUUUUUUGUUGCAUAUAGAGAUAGUCAGACAUACCGGAUGGUUUAUAAGCGCACUCCGAUUGCCAUUCGCUAUAUGAAGUGUCAUUUUAUCAUUGAUCUUCUCAGUUGUAUGCCUUGGGAUCUAAUCUAUAAGGCAUUUGGAGAGAAAGAGGAAAUCAGAUACCUUCUAUGGAUUAGGUUGAGCCGCGCACUGAGAGUCACUGCUUACUUUCAGAAACUGGAGAAAGAUAUUCGGAUCAAUUAUCUCUUUACUAGAAUUAUAAAGCUCAUCACAGUAGAACUCUAUUGCACACAUACUGCAGCCUGCAUUUUUUACUAUUUAGCUACUACUCUGCCUGAACAAAAGGAAGGCUAUACAUGGAUUGGGAGUUUGAAAUUGGGGGACUAUAGUUACUCCAACUUCAGAGAGAUUGACCUAUGGACACGCUAUAGCAGUUCUAUGUAUUUUGCCGUUGUCACAAUGGCAACAGUUGGUUAUGGUGAUAUACAUGCAGUCAAUGUGAGAGAAAUGAUAUUUGUCAUGAUUUAUGUCUCUUUUGACAUGGUCCUUGGUGCUUAUCUGAUUGGUAAUAUGACAGCACUGAUUGUCAAAGGAUCCAAAACUGAAAGAUAUAGAGAUAAGAUGACUGAUGUCAUGAAGUUUAUGAACAUAAACAAACUUGGAAGGGAUAUCCGUAAUCAAAUCAAGGGUCACUUACGAUUACAGUAUGAAAGCUGCUACAUUGAUUCUGCAGUUCUUCAAGAUAUCCCAAUCUCCAUUCGUUCCAAGAUUUCUAAAUCACUGUACCAGUCUUACAUUGAGAAUGUUCCUCUCUUCAAGGGGUGCUCUGCAGAGUUUAUCGGUCAAAUUGUAAUUAAAGUCUCCCAAGAGUUUUUUCUUCCAGGAGAAGUAAUAAUGCAACAGGGGAAUGCAAUUGACCAACUUUACUUUAUCUGUGACGGUGUAUUGGCAAAAGACUCUAAGAUAGGAUUAAAGCAACUGGAAUCAGAUAUCACGUUUCAUAUAGGGAAGCAGGAGGGUGAAUUUGCACUGAAAGUUAAUAGUGCUGCUUAUCAUGGUGAUCUGCAUCAGCUUAAAACUCUUAUUCGAGCUGGAACUGAUUCCAACAAGAGAGAUUAUGAUGGAAGAUCACCUUUGCAUCUCGCUGCAUCCAGAGGAUAUGAAGCUAUUGCUCUAUAUCUUAUACAAGAAGGUGUUGAUCUCAAUGCUCAAGAUAACUUUGGAAAUACACCCCUACUUGAAGCCAUCAAGAGCGGGCAUGACCGGGUUGCUUCAUUACUUGUUAAAGAGGGGGCCAUGUUGAAGAUUGACCAUGCCGGCAGCUUCUUGUGUAACAUUGUUGCAAGAGGUGACUCUGAUCUGCUGCGAAGAUUAUUAUCUAGUGGUGUCAAUUCAAACUCAAAAGACUAUAAUCACCAGACACCACUUCACGUAUCUGCUUCUCAAGGCUCAUUUGCAAUGGCAAAGCUGCUUUUAGAAGCUGGUGCUUCUGUUCUCUUAAAGGACAGAUGGGGAAACACUGCAGUUAAUGAAGCUAUAGAAACUGGGAACAAACAGCUCAUUGAACUUCUGGAAGAAGCAAAAUCUGCUGAACUGUCCGAAUUCCCCGGAUGCUUGGAAGAUAUUAAAGGGAAAAUGACCCGCAAGAAGUGCACCGUGUUUCCAUUUCACACACAAGAUGUCAGAAAACACGGUGUUGUUUUGUGGAUUCCUCGGGGUGUGGAAGAGCUAGUUGAAACUGCUUCACAACAACUCGACUGCCCUUCGGGUUCUUUCUUGAUAACCGAAGAGGGAGGUAAAAUUAUUGAUGUCGAAACGAUAAAUGAUGGUCAAAAGUUGUAUUUGAUGGGUGAAGUAACACAUUGAAAUCUCACUUGCUCCCUCAUUUGUAGAUGUUUUACUGUAUAUGUUCCAUGUUCAAGAGGCCAUGAUAUAUGGUUUCUUUUGUUCUCUUGAUCAAACUUAUUUUGUGCAUAUUCAAUUCGGUCAAUAAACAGUGGGUGUCUCA